AUGAAAAAUGACGAAUAGUUUCUUAGUUUCAUGGUUGAGAAUGAUGACUCGUAACUUGUUGAAUCUAGACUCUUCAAGGACAACGAUGAAGACUAUUUCAAGUCUCUUAGCAAAUAAUUUUAUGGAUCUAAAUCUCAGGAUGUCAAGAAGCAAUUGAAAAUUAUUAAAUCUGCCGGAGAUUUGAAAAUGAAGCAAUCCAAUACUGCUAACUUAAGUAAUGUCUUGCAACCAUUCUCUAUUAGCUACUAACUGCAGUAGUAAAUUCAUAAGCUCUUAAGUAAACCUAAACCCCAAGGCUAGAGUUUGCAGAGUUCGUUCAAAACUAAUCAGAAAAUGAAUCAAAUCAAGAUAACUUAUUAACAGCUCUAAAAUAGAAAACUAGUUAUUCCAAAACAUGAAGAUUCUAACAUCUAGACCCAAAACUCCUAUCGAAGCACGCUUAAUACAAGCACAAAGAGCCAACCAAAAAAAGAUAACGUCUUAGAUUUGUAUUAAAUGAAAUUAAAAACAGAGAGAAGCGUCGAAAAACCCAAACUAAUGAAGGUCCUCAAAAGAAAUAAGAUGCAUUGAAGAUUUUAUAUAAUUUUGCUAUUUUUUGUUUUUUC